CUAAUAUACAGACAGUUUACAUUUUUACAAAUGUUCUAAAAAUGUGUUGUUUACUGUUGUUUUUAUGGUGUGAUAUCUAAAAAAGGCGAAAUUAUAACUAAAAACAAUUGAAGAAUAAUGCCGAAAUCUAUUCAGAGUUUCUAAGUUUACUAAGUACCUGAUACUGCAUAAUAAUAUUUACAACAUAACCUAAAAUUUGCCGGUUGUAUUAAAAUUUAUUUAAGGAUUCAAAAUGAGGGAAUUUGAUGAUAUUAUAUCUUUUAUGGACGUGAUGGAUUUCGAUGAAGAAAUCGUAGAUGCUCGUCUCAAGUCCAUAAUGGAAAGAAAUAGCUUUACAAGCGAACACUUAUUGAAUGCAACUAAUUUGUUGAACUACAAAUACUUAUUAAAUGUAAAGGAAUCUGAUGAAUGUGAAAACGAUUUUGAGUUCGAGUUUGUUGGUAAAUUAAUCAAGACUGUGGACGAAGCAAAUAUUGAAGCUAUUUGUAAAAUAAUAGACAUAAUUCUCUCUCUCAAUCCAAGUUCCAUAGUGAUCAAGUCUGAACACUUACUACAGCAAUUAUUAUCGAGUAUAAGCAUUCAUUUGGAAAAUAUUACCUCUGAAGAGACUCAUGUUACAAUGUUGUUAUCUUUAAAGUUAUGUGAUAGUAUACUUCAAGCUGUUAUUAGAGCUGGUGAAAAAUUAUCUUUGCCAUUUCUAGAUGUACCAUUAGAAAGGAUUGUGUUGAGCCAGAAUGAACAAUUAAAGAAACAUUUCCUUACAAUAACAGUUAAAAGGUUUUUUGAUGGUAUCAGUGGAUACAAUGUAUUAGAUCAAAUAUGGAACUGUAUUCAGAAAGUAGAAAACAAAUUGAUAUCUCUUAAAGUUCUGUGUGUUCUUUCCAAUUAUUAUCUACCCCUGCCUGACAAUCACGGAGAUGUUCAUUUUGUAUCAAAUAUUAUUACACAAACUGAAUUUUGGGAGAUAACUAUGUACGGCAUGCUCUCAAAUGAUCCAUCAACAAGAAAGUUAGCUAUUUACCUCAUAAAAAGAGCUAUAGAUUGCUUGAAAAUUGGAAAGAAUAAAAUUAAUAUUGAAUCUCAAGUUGUAAACAUAUCAUGGAACCCUGAUAAAGAAGCUGAAGUUAAAAAAAUGUGGCAUGAUUACUUCAUUCUUAUUGAUAGCUUAGAGGAGAAGCAAAGUAAUAUAGUUCUACCAUCUUUACAGCUGUUUGAUUCCCUACAGGAUCUGGGACAAUGUUGGUUAAGUUGCGCUUAUAAUAUUGGAUUGCAACAUGAUAAUCUUCAAGUUAAAGUACAAUGUGCCAAGUACAGAUUACAAUCACCCAUAUUGAAUGACAAAGAAGCAUUAGUUCUAUUAGAAGCACUUAAUGAUAUGAACAUAUACGAUAAUAAGAAAGAAUGUGAAGUUUUGCAACUUAAGUUCAAACAACAUAUAGAUAAUAUAGACUCUUUUAUGCAUAUAAUUAAAAAUAUUCCUAAAGUUAAAUGGUCACCAGUCCCCAUCUACCACUUGAGCAGUGUAUUAGGAGGUGUAAAUAAUCAUAAAAUUGUAGAUAAAGUUGGGAAGGAACAAUUGGUUCUAUUAAUGUAUGAUGUAUUGAAAGUACUGUGCAAUAAUGUGAUAAUAAGGAAAGCAUUUCAUAGGAAUUUAUCACAUUUAAUAGGCAAUUGUUGUAAAGCCUUAGAUUGGAAGGAUCUGCUCAAUCUCUAUUUGCAAUUGGAUGACGAUCUGUGGACACAAGAAAAAAGCAAUCCAUUACUUGAUUUAGUAAAAAAUCAAUUGAUUGUCACAGAUAAGAAACAAUUGUUGAAUGAUAUAAUGAUGUCACAUGUUAAUAUUGAUUUUAUACUUUUAUAUUUAUCAGGACAUGAGGCAGAUUUGGAAAUAUUUUUAGAAUCUGUGAAUGAAAUGUUUGAUGUAGUAGAAAAUGUUAAUCUACACUCUGAUUUGAAUGAUAUCAAUUGUGUUUUGAAAGCAACCUUCUUAGCACAUCUAUUGAAGAAAGUUAAUAAUUCAGAAGUCAAUUUACAAAUUUAUUCCCUAAUAACUAAGAGGGGUGAAAUAAUUUUCAAGUAUAUAUCUACUUUGUUGAUCAAGCCUAUUGAAGAUGUUGAUAAUGUUUUAUUAUUUUUAGACAAUAUACAGCUCAUUAUAAAAUUAAACACAGAAAUAGAAAUUUUGGAAGAACUAUAUAGAAAAAUAAUAUGUUUACUAAAAGAUGGUGAAGAUAUAUAUAAAAAUAUUUAUAGUAUUUUUAUCCUAAAUGCUAUAAGUUCAAUUGUUAGACAAUUUGAAAUAAAUAUUAUACAUGUAAAUGAAUUGGUUGGUAUUCUAAAUAAUAUAAAGUUCACUAAAACUAGUAUAAAAGAAGGAUUUGGGAGAUUGAGAAAUAUUUUCUAUUCAAAAGCCUGCGAAGUUAUUUUUGUUCUACUUCAUACAAAUUCUAGUGAAAAUAAAUGUGAUAGCAAUGAAAUUAUUAAAUAUACAGAUCUUGCACUAGAAUGUGGAGGGUACAGUUGUAUUAAGUGGAUCUUAAAUAUCAUAGACACCAUACUGCCAGAGAUUUUAGAGGAAAAAAUUAAAUUUGACAUAUCAAGCUUUUUGUCCAGAACUUGGAAUGAGAUAGAAGCAUUAAAAACGAAUAAACAGUACACAGAUUGUAUUGAAUGUUUCGUUAAAAUAAUAACUAAUACUGCACUACUAAAAGAACCAAUAUAUAACAAUACAGUAAUCACAUAUUGUAGUAAGAUAAUAGAAUAUGCGGCUAUGAAAAAUAUACCAUUGUAUUAUUUAGUAGAAGCUAUGGGAAAAAGAGAUAUAUUCCAAUUUGGGCAUAUGGUGUAUAUAUUUAGUGAAGUUUUAUUAGCUACAGCUGUGCCAAGGAAAGAUCAAAGGAUAAUGGAGAACCUAAUAGUUGAAUUAUCCAAAAAGUAUGACCUGGGAAAUAUAAGGGCACGACUGUACACGAAUUUUCAUAUCAAAUAUGAAUCCCUAUUAGUUUUAAGUAGAGUCACUGAUGCUGAAACUUUAGAAACAAUAGCAACAUUAACGAUAAAGAAGAUUGACGAAUUAUUCAGAAAUAAACAAAGAUAUCACAGUAAUUCAGCUUUACAUCGCACCUUGCGAAUUGGCUUGCAACAUUUGCUGCUAAUAUUUUUAAAACACAGAUCAAGUUAUGUGGAAAGAGUCGCUUUAUGGUGUGUUGAGUUUUUAGGGAAGAUACCUCAUCAACCAUCAAUACGACUUUACUUGGAGUGGUGUAUUGCACUGUUCUAUUAUUAUAAGGAAGAAAAGAUUACAGAGCUAUUAUUAGAUAGUUUUAAAACGAAAAAUGUACCCAUUACGUCACAGUUUAUGAUUUUAUACUGGUUACUAGUUCAUAAAAUGAAGAGAAAAAUUUGCCAACAGUCUGAAUAUGACUUAGUUAUGGAUACCUAUAUGGAGAAUACUAUGGGACCUACUUACAGUGUUAGACUGUAUGCACAAUACCUUGCUAAACGAAUAUUUUAUUUAAACAAAGAUGAGGACAAAAUAAACACUUCUGAAUAUAAACAAACAAUAAAAGUUAUAGAUAGAACGUUAAAUGAAGCAUCGAAAUUAAAAGAGAAGAGUUUUGACAAACUAAUGAAUGAUUUUCUAGUUCAUGAUUUUGAUAUUAUUGAAUAUUUGUUACCUUGUGCUCUUUAUAAUGGCGAAUUUCUGCAUGAAGAAUGGAAUAAUGAAAUGAUAAAUGAAGUGUAUGCUCUUAAUGUUUUUAAUGAAAUGAUUGAACUUAUUAGCACAAAUUCACAAGAUGAUUUUAUAAGAGAAUGGAAAGAAACUCACAAAGAUCAAGAAGAAGUUAUGAAGAUUAAAACGCAUUUGAAAAAUGCUGAUAUAAUUGAUAAUGUAAAGGAUGGUAUAGGGACUAUACAAAAGAAAUAUAUUCCUUGGAAGAAUAUGAGCGAUAUUGACGUACUUGAUAUGAAAAGAACGGAGAGUAACAGCGAAUUAAUAGUAGUGGCAUCCCUCAUCGAUAAAUUGCCUAAUUUGGGGGGAAUGGCGCGAACCAGCGAAGUGUUCGGAGUGAAUACUUAUGUAAUAGAUAGUUUGCGGCAUCUGCAGGAUAAGCAGUUUCAAGGAUUAAGCGUAUCAGCGGAAAGAUGGGUAAAUGUGGUAGAAGUACGUCCUGGGCAGCCAUUGAAAGACUAUCUUAUUUCAAAGAAGUCAGAAGGUUACACCAUCGUGGCAGCAGAACAGACAUCUUCGAGUAUACCUCUACAGUCCUUCAAGUUUCCGAAGAAAACGCUACUUUUGCUGGGGCACGAAAAAGAAGGUAUACCGUGUGAUCUAUUGCCGUACAUGGACGCGUGUGUAGAGAUACCACAACAGGGCGUGGUCCGGUCGCUCAAUGUACACGUAACAGCCGCCAUCUUUGUUUGGGAAUAUUCCAGACAAAUUAUACUUUAAAUUUUACAUACCUACAUAACUGAAAUUUGUAUAGGCUAUCUUAUCUGUGCACCAGUGAUGUCAUGUAAUAUAGGUUGAAUAUUCAUUUUAUUUAUAUUUUCUCAUGUAUAGUCAUUUUAAAAUAUUCUUAAUAGAAAAUUCUAAAUGUUCGAACUACCUACAUAGUUUUAAGUUUCUUACUCUUUGCCUAUUGUAAAUCGUUUAUUUAUGUAUAUAAUAAUUUUGUACCAUUAAAGGUUGUUCUCUAUAAUCUA